AUGGACACCCAAGACAGCAUCGAUAUCGUGAAGCUGAAACGCGCCGCGCUGGGACAAGAGUCGCAGUCCCAGUCGGUCUUGUCACAUAUUCAUUAUCCCCGGCAGGACCAAGCGUUGAAAGAAAACGCCCCGGAAGCUCAGGCUUGUUCGCAGGAGGUCCGCCGGGCAUCGCCUCGAAGUCCUUUGCACGAGCAGAAUGCUACGAAUGGCACAACUACGACCCCGAUAAACGCAAGCCGGCCGAAUAACCGAUUACUGCAAAGGGUGAAUGGGAAGAUGGGGUCCGGCGAGACGCCGUCAGAUACCCAGGUCGUGUCGCAGUCGGUUUUCGACCAUAUCAUCCAGCAGAACAACGACGAUAAUACCUUGAAGACACUGCAUGAGGGUGACCCUGGUCAUAUUGACUUGCUCGCGGGAUUCGAUCAUACUCAGCUGGACACCAGCAACACCAAUACCAACAACAUAGAAGACAAUGAGAAUGAGGACCAGGGAGACGCAGACCCAUCUUCCCCGUUGGAGUACCAGCCAAACCUCUUUCCUGAGUCUCAGCGAUUCAUCACCAAAACACCAGCUACGGUAGUCAAGCAGAACCAUUUCGAGGACCGCAGCCAGAACAAAUCCCCUCUUGUCUCCUUCAAUCCUCUCGCAUCGGCCAGGUCGAAUAACGGAACUAUGGCGUUGAGCCAGAUGUUCGAGUCCACGCAAGUUCCGUCGUCUCCGAUAGUCAAUCGUCUAUACUCGGACCAGACGUCUGAACGACCUUCGCCAAACUUGCCGAUCCAACAUCAUUCACUUGCUGCAGGUACGGCGCUCUCUUCCCCGACCAUGAAGUUAGCGGCCACAUUUCCUCAGCACUCGUCGGAGUCGAACUUGAACUACAUCACCAUGAAAGAGUCGCAAGCAGAGCGGGAGAAGAGGACUCAAGCUGAGAGGAUGACGCGGUCGGCUGAGCAUAUCUACUCGGAGGAUCAGAGUGAUGAUGACGAGUUCAACAAAGAACCCAGCUUUGUUGAACGGAUGAAGCGACGGAAGGUGAUUGACGAAUUGGCAAAUGCGCAAUUUGCUGGUUUCACCGCUCCAGCACGGCCCGCGUCGAGUCGGUCGAGUCGGUCGAGCAAACGAGGCGGCAAGUCAAAGUCGCCCGAAGAGCAAGAGCCACGGGGUCAGACUGAUGGUCCUGACGAACGGCAGGAGCCCAUCGUGCCUUCCCAAAACGGUUCUAUUAGCGAAGAGGAAACGGAGCAAGAGGAAGAUGAUGAAGUGUACUUGCCCAUGCCCCGAUCGCAGGAGCUCAACAUCUCAGCAGAAGAAGACAAGGAGAACCAUAACGGUAUACCUGCAUCCCCCGUUAUUGCGACGGCUAGUGCCCACGAUCGACUCUCGCAGGUUCUUGCUCUGCAGACCAGUCCAUCUCCGAAUAGCAAGAUGCCUACCGAGAAGCCAAUUUCCCAUCGCCACAGCUCUAACCCGGAUGGACAGGACGAAGUAGGACGGUCUUCACAGAUCUAUAUUGUGAGGGACUCGCAGCAAUCUCCGACACGCGGCAGUCAGACGAACAAACCAAUGCAGCGAACUAAUUCACAAACCACGCUUUCACAACAGCAAGUGGCUCGUUUGGACGUGGACAAGCAAUCGCCUCCACCCCCUCCUGUGACUCAACGAAACUCGUCUCCUUCUCUUCCCAACAAUAGCCAUACCCUAGCAUGCACUCGCUCGCCUUCCGCGAGCUUGGUUGAAUCUUCUAGCCAACUCCCCAAAAUCCCGCCAGCUACCGAUUUCGUCCGGACACAGUCUAGUAAUCCAGCUAGCCAGCGAGCCGUGGUAUGUGGUGAAAAUGCUUCCAAUCAAGAAAAGUCAUCUUCGAUGUCUUCAUGUGUUGUCGAAACACCGGUGCACCAACAAUCAAGAAGCUUUGCGGAUGUGGUCCCGGGUACCACAGUACCGGAAACAAGUCCAAAUCGUCUACAAAACCAGGGAUUGAACAGUGACAUAAAUGGGGAUGCAGCUCAAGAGGACGAUGAUCUACCUCCUGUCUAUCCAUCUGACCACGAUCGAGCCAGUCAAUUGCGGCCACUUGCACCACCAAGCUCAUUAGCGGUGAUGAAAGCCUUCAACUCUAAGAUCCUUUCUAGCCCUAGCGGCAGACAGCGCAAAGCACUGACAGAAAUUGCCUCGGAAGCAUCUCCGGGAGGACCUGCUAAUUUCGAUAUCGACUUUGGCAUCUUGACUGCAGAUGAUAGAGAGUUCAGGUCCAUGGUCGCUAUGUCUCCCGAUCCACCGAGAAAGAAGAGACGCGGAAAUGAUGGUCAGAAUGUCUAUGCUUCUGAUCCUGUGCUUCCAGUUACACCUCGUCCGAAUACUCCUCGCUUUGCUCCAUUCCAAAAGCAGGAACAAAUUCCCGAAGAGCCUCAGCCAGAUAUGCCGCAGGAGGAGCCGCAGACAGUAUUUCGGAAACGAUCUAAACCUUCCAAUCGAGUGGAUACAAUAUGGGAUGUGGAUGCUUCACCGGAGUACCAUGUGUCUCGUACAGGAAGAAGGUCUUUUUUCCGAUCUCGGCUUCAGCAGGCUGCUCAUGGUCAGGAGCCCGAAAGGGACAUCGCUGGGCCUCCAAAGGAAACUAUUGAAGCUCUCGUUAGCAUGAGUGAUGAGAUGUAUGCCAUUUCCACUCCUACUGGAAACUCCCAUCGUCCCGCGGAGAUGCCAAAGGUUGGUGCUGCCCGGGAUGUUACGGCCCAGGAUGCUACGACCCAAAAAGAGCCUACUCCUGUUAGGACAUCCUCACCGGGAGGUCCUCAAAUUGCCCACAACCAAGUGCUCGCCCCUUGGAGUGGCCCGAAACGGGCAUACUAUCCCGCUACAUGCUUUGGAACACCAUUUGGCACUUCAGCAUCACGGUAUCUUGUCAAGUUUGAAGACAGUCUUCCGGUUGAGGUGCCAAUAACUACAGUCAAGAGACUCGAACUGCGAGUUGGUGAUGUGGUCAAGGUAGAAAUACCCAAGUUUCCGAAGAUUCCUCAUGUCAUUCGAGGUUUUGACGAUCGAAUCAGUGAGGAAGAUUUCAAUAAUGCCGUUAAUAGUGGCUUUAUCCCAAUGACUGAUGUUUACGGUAAUUUGUCUGUCAUCCUGGAACCGAAAGCGCGCAAAAGUAUCUCGAAUGAGGCCCUUCCACGGACGGGAAGCAUGGUCCAAGUCCCCAUCUCGCGGAUCUAUCUGGAUACCAUCCUAUGGAACCAGCUCAAAGAUCGGGCAUUUAGCCAUGAUGCAAAUGCGAAGACGGUAGAAGAGAGGCCCCAAACACCAGCCUUAGCCGGCGUACCCGCCACGCCAACACCUCCAAGCAGCCGGCUUUCUCGCACUAUGCGGUACAUGGGUGGUAUCUUUGCUGGAAUGGUGUUUGCAGUCUCCUACGUUGAUGACGAUGCGGGCAAGUCCCGCGUGUCCCGGUUGAUAAUGGAACACGGCGGGCGUAUUAUAGAUGGGUUCAACGAACUUUUCGAUUUUCCGUCGAACGUCCCUAUUGCAAUCCCGACAACAAAACAAUCUGCUGAUCCAGCACAAAAUAAGACCAACCUGCGUCUUACUAGAAGUGCCGAAGAUCUCGGAUUCGCUUGUGUGAUUGCUGACAAACACUCCCGCCGGGAAAAAUACAUGCAAGCCCUAGCUCUCAAUCUACCUUGUCUUUCUGGCCGCUGGGUUGAAGACUGCAUUGCCCAGAACCGAAUCAUAGAUUGGGAGAUGUACCUGCUCCCCGCAGGGGACUCAACGUAUCUCAACGGCGCUGCCAAAUCGCGAAUGUUGACGCCCACUCUUGCCGUCAACGCACGCUUCUCGCAUACCAUCACAGCCCGACCAAAACUACUAGACGGACAGUCUGUGCUUAUCGUCAUGGGCCGCGGAAAGGAAGAAGAGAAGAGCAGGGCGUACAUAUUCCUCACGUACGCCCUUGGUGCCUCAAGAGUGGAGCGCGUGUAUGAUCUCAAGUCCGCCAAGACAUUCCUAGACCAAGAGGCCGAAGCUGGUCAUGGCAAUUCUUGGGACUGGGUGUACGUACACUUCCAUGAUCAGGAGGCCGUCAGAGCGGAGUUUCUGCAAUCCACGGAUACAGAAUCUAAUUCGGGACGUGGCACGAAGAGACGUAAAAUGUCUCAUUUCAUGGGAUGUAUCAGUGGUCAGGAGCUCGGGUUGAGUUCUAAGAUUACUGUCGUGGGUAAUGAUUUUGUUUGUCAGAGUUUGAUUUUGGGAAGAUUGUUUGGGGCGUAG